AUGUCCACGAUUCUCCGGGAUGCCCCUGUGGGCCAGAUCAUCCGGUACAUCACCAAGAACAAAUACCUACAAUACCCCGAAGAGCAAGCCGGCUAUGUUCUACGCGACACUUAUCAGCGGUUCGACAAGUCGAGAACGGUACCCCAGGCACAACCCAGAGAACUCAUACCAGAGGACCUAGAAAAGAAACUCGACGACGACUCUGACGACGCUGGCAGUCUCGAUAAAGCCAGGACCGCCGCUGAUCGGGAGUCUAUGGCACCGUCAGACCGUACGCUUUCGAAGAUCAUGACGAGGCCAGAGCUCAGUCAAGUCAACACGCGCGCCGACUUGGAGCAAGCCUACACGAACGCAACGCGACAAGAGACGCUCAAGGCUCAGCCCAGCAGGGCCAUCGCACCUCAGGUCACCUCGGAUGGUGUCAUUUUGGUGGACUGGUACGCAACAGACGACCCGGAAAACCCGCAGAACUGGUCGCGAGGCAAGAAAUCGAUCGUCGUGUUGCAGAUCUACCUCUAUACCCUGGCUGUCUACAUGGGCUCAGCCAUAUUCACGCCCUCGGAACCGUACCUUGUCGAGAAAAUGGGCAUCUCCCCGAACGUCGCCGCGCUGGGUCUGUCGAUGUACGUUCUCGGUUAUGGUAUCGGGCCUCUGAUAUGGUCUCCCUUGUCCGAGAUCCCUGUCAUUGGACGAAAUCCCCCUUAUAUGCUUACCUUGGGCAUCUUUGUGGCCCUCUGCAUUCCCACCGCCCUUGUCAGCAGCUUCCCCGGCCUCAUCGUUCUGCGAUUUCUGCAAGGCUUCUUCGGCAGUCCUUGUCUCGCGACUGGCGGCGCGUCGAUUGGCGAUAUUUACUCACUACUCAAGCUCCCUUAUUUCCUGACCGGAUGGGCAGCCUUCGCUACAGCGGGACCUGCUCUCGGCCCGAUUAUCAGCGGCUUCUCUGUCCCCGCCACGAACUGGCACUGGUCACUGUGGGAGAUUCUCUGGCUUGCAGGCCCGGUGUACAUCUCCCUCUUGUUCCUGCUUCCCGAGACGUCCUCGGCCAACAUCCUGCUCCGCCGCGCUGCACGCCUCCGAAAAUUGACUGGCAAUACCAACCUCAAGUCCCAGGGUGAGAUUGACCAAGAGAAAUUGACGGUGAAUGAAGUUGUGGUCGGCAAUCUGUGGCGGCCUGCUCAGAUCAACAUUCUCGACCCGGCUGUCUUGUUCACCUCGCUCUACACGGCAUUGAUGUACAGUAUCUUCUACUCCUUCUUCGAGGUAUUCCCGCUGGUCUACGCAAACGGCAACCCAGGCAAGGCCACGCGUGGGUAUGGAAUGAACCUGGGAGAGAUCGGGCUGAUCUUCUUGUCCAUCUCUGUUGGCGUCAGCAUCGCCAUCGCAUGUUACGUGGCCUACCUAUACUGGGUCUUCGAGCCGGAAGUCCGGACAAGGGGCCUGGGAGAACCAGAGAGACGGCUGAUACCAGCUCUUCCUGCGACAUUCCUGCUGCCUAUUGGUCUUUUCUGGUUCGCAUGGACAGGUGACAGUUCGCCAAAGAUCCAUUGGAUCGUGCCUACUCUGGGCGUGGUCGUCUUCACCAUCGGCAUCUUCAUCCUCUUCCAGUGCAUCUUCCUGUACAUCAACCUGACGUAUCCUCAAUACGCGGCCUCGCUUUUCGCUGGCAACGACUUCGCCCGGUCGUCAAUUGCUGCGGCGGCGAUCCACUUCUCCCGUCCGUUAUUCCACAACCUGGGUGUCGGCCGUGGUGUCAGCUUGCUUGGUGGGUUGACCGUGGGUGGCAUUAUUGGUGUCUUUGUCCUGUGGCAAUGGGGUGCGAACUUGAGAGCGAGGUCGAGAUUCGCCGCCAAGUAG